UCUUGCGAGCUGGUAGUCACAAGUCACAACUCCAAGGCCCAAGACAAACACCUUCUCCGGUCUCCACGUACGGCCAUGGACGCCGACGCCGACACGGUGGUGUUCGAGGCACCGGCGCACUUCCGCUUCUACAAGAGCGGCAGGAUAGAGCGCCUUCACCGGCCACCCAUCCUGCCUGCCGGCGACGACGAGGCCACCGGCGUCACCUCCAAGGACGUCGUCCUCGACGCGGACACUGGCCUCUCCGUGCGCCUCUACCUUCCCAAGCUCCAGGAACCCUCCACGAAGCUCCUGGUCCUCGUCUACUUCCACGGCGGCUCCUUCCUCAUCGAGUCGGCCGACUCCUCCACGUACCACAACUACGUGAACGCCCUCGCCGCGGCGGCCGGCGUCCUCGCGGUGUCCGUCGACUACCGCCUGGCCCCGGAGCACCCGCUCCCCGCGGCCUACGACGACUCCUGGGCGGCGCUCCAGUGGGCGGCGUUGGCGCAGGACGAGUGGAUCCGCGAGCACGGCGACACGGCCCGCCUGUUCCUCGCCGGCGACAGCGCGGGGGCCAACAUCGUCCACGACAUGCUCAUGAGGGUGGCCUCCAACGACGGCAGCCCGAGGGUCGAGGGCGCGAUACUGCUGCACCCGUGGUUCGGCGGGAGCAAGCCGGUGGAGGGGGAGCACCCGGCCGCGCCCAUGGUCACCGGGAUGCUCUGGUCCUACGCGUGCCCGGGCGCGGUGGGCGGCGCGGACGACCCGAGGAUGAACCCGCUGGCGCCGGGCGCGCCGGCGCUGGAGAGGCUCGGGUGCGUGAGGAUGCUCGUGACCGCGGGGCUGGCGGACGGGCUCGCCGCGCGCGACCGCGCGUACCACGACGCCGUAGCUGGCAGCGCGUGGGGCGGCACCGCGGCCUGGCACGGGUCCGAUGGGGAGGGUCACGUGUUCUUCCUGGAGAAGCCCGGGUGCGACAACGCCAAGCAGCUCAUGGACCGCGUCGUCGCGUUCAUAGCCGGCGCCUGAUGAUAGAGUUGAUCUGCAGAUCAUCUACAUUGUGUUGGAGAGGAACUUGCUCUGCAUGACUGCUUGUUCGUUUACUGGUUUAAUAAAUAGGUGAUGGCGCCUAGUUGGAGAUUUAAA